AUUAUAUCGUGCAUACGUCUGCUCUUCUGAAGGCUGCACGAAACACUGCCGAAAGCUGCACAUCUUUGAGACACUGAGUCAGUCAAUUCGAGACUCCGACGACGACAAGUUUGCACGUCAAAAUUGCACUCGGUACCAGUCAAACACUCGUGCAUCGUCGUGCCUGUCUGAGAUUGUUCGAACGGAUCUCUCUCCUUGGAACACCACCGUCUUCUUGUAAGUCUUGACGCCCCGCCGUGCAGUGUCGUCAUCAUGAGUAAAGUCGUCUUUGUGGGAAAUGUGCCAUACAAUAUGGGCGAAGACUCGCUCAUCGACGUAUUCAAAAGUGUCGGUCAAGUUGUUGGCUUGAGGCUAGUGUUUGAUAGAGAGACCGGCAAGCCUAAGGGUUACGGUUUCUGCGAGUUUGCAGACCACGAAACCGCGCUUUCCGCUGUGCGCAACCUCAAUGGCCAGGAAAUAGGAGGCCGCCCACUCAGGAUCGACCUCGCGGACUCUGAUCCCUUCCUUGAAGGCAAAACCACGGUGCGUGGCGAAAUCAUCGACGGCGGCGAGACGCGUGCACAGUGGCGUGAGCGCCACGGCCACGAGCGCGACCGUCACGACCGUCAUGACAGAGAUGAUUCUCGCCACGGUCGUGGGCCGGACCCGAACGCGUUCCUAGCAAGCCUUCCCAAAGGUGUUCCCCUUACACCCAAUCAGAAUGCGCUAGAUGCGAUAAGCCAGGUGCUGGCAAGUACUGAACCAACUCAGAUCUUGGAGGUGCUCGCGCAAAUGAAGGCGUUUGUAAUCACCCAUCCAGAGCAGGCGCGUGCACUUCUUGUUGCACACCCGCAACUGGGGUACGCCCUCUUCCAAGCCCUUCUGUUGCACAAAAUCGUGGAUCCUGCCAUCCUCAAUCGUAUGCUGGCUGCCACAGGUGCUGCUCCGCCUACGCCUGUGCCUGCACCUCCGCCCCCUCAGCCACAAGUGCAACAACCUGCACCGUACAUGCCACCCCCGGUGGCAAUGCAGCAGCCUCCUCCGAUGUACCCUCAAGCGAUUCCACCUCCGUCUCAAACGCCCGUGCACCAUCCGACACCCCCUAUCCCGAACAUGUAUGCGCAGCCGCCACCGCAAAUGCAACCUCCGCCAUACUACCGCCCCCCACCUCCUGCUGCGCCUCCAUCAAUCCCCCAGCAGUACCAGCAGCAGCCGGGGCCCCCGCAGAUGCCUGGCCAGCACCCAAUGCAAAUGCCUCCCCCAUCCGCAUUGCAUGCGCCUCCACAGGUGCCUCUCGCUCAACAGACAGCAGCUGUCCCCGAGUUCGACCAAACUCAAAGGGAUAUGUUGAUGCAAGUGCUGCGCUUGACGGCCGAUCAGCUCAACACGUUGCCGCCAACAGAGCGUGAGCAGAUCAUGCAGCUGCGGAGACAGUUCGGUGUUGGAGCGUAAACUUUACUCAGAUACAGUGGUAGCAAAGUCCUUGUACGUUCUUCAUUACCGCCUGGCGAUUCGUUUGCAUCUCGACGUUUCUGUCACUAUGUCUCAGCCCACACGUCGUUGUAUACGUACACACCUCCCGUCAGCUGCGAAUGACAGCGGUGCCUAUGGGCGGGCCGGUGUUGGUUGUCGGUGCAUUCCACGGCAUUCCACGUCGACGCAUGCCGUGCGGCACGCCGAUACCGCGCUGAGCAUCUACGUCGUUUCGUCUAGUCUCUUCUAUGAAUUAUGUAUUUG